GAUCAAUUCUAGGCCAGUCGACCUAGCCAUGUAAAAAUACCAUAGUAUGCGAGUAACGGGUAUAAAAAUAAAAACAUAUAUUUUCUUCUAUACAAAUACUCUUUGAUGUGCAAUAUGCAUAUCUUUCUACUCUACAAGUAGCGGGUAUAAACAGAUGCGCGCUCUUUUGUUAUUGGCACACAACAGAAACAAUUGCUACCGCCUUUCCUUAUUGUUGUUGCUCCUUUUGUUAUUUUGUAUGCUUUGCAAGCAGAAUACUAUAAAACGCAGCAGCAACAUCAGCCAAUGGAAGUCAGAUGGAAAGAUGGAACUUUACCGUAGCCUACUGAUCGUAGCUGCGUUGCUUCUAGUGUCCUUUUCCGCCCAAGGGCAGAGGCUGGGUGAUGGCCAUUGUCGCCCCACCGUCAUUCGAGUCCAAGUGGGUGGAACAGUGUGCGAGCGCCUCUGCUACCGUCGCGACUACCGAGGUCCGCCGCUCCUCUGCCGUCGCGUCUCCAGAGAGGGGAUGGUGCCCGUCUGCGGCAACGGCUGCUGCCUCAGCGGUCCAAACUGCCUGCAGCUGCUUUACACCUAAUGUCGGUUGUAAACGAUCGAUUGGAUUCUGUGAAACAUAUUCA